AUGACAACGAUGUUCGUCCAACUGCGCCGCGUAGUGUACCUGUUGGUACUUCUACAGUGUUGUGCGUGUGUGGCAUAUGCGCAAAGUGGUGAUAGGGCCUCCAUGACAGCUGAUGAAAAGAAUAUUGAACAGGGAAUGACUGAAUUGAGAGCUAAGAUGGAAGAGGAGAAGAAAAAAGUAGAGGAUGUACUUGAGUCAGUAAACACCGUAAAGAAAGAAUGGAGUGAAGUGUCAAAGCGUGUUCAGAAUGCAACAACGACGGCCAAAGAAGUUGGAAAGCUUCUUAUGGAGACUAAAGGCCGUGUUUUGCGUCAAACUGAAAAUGAGAAUAAGAAUAUGAGUGAAUUGAAAGAGGUGUUAGGGAAGGCAGUAGAUGCAUCAAAAGAGAUCACUGAUGCCGUUGACAAUGCAAGUUUGACAGCUAAAAAAAUAAGCAAUUUGACGCAGGAAAUUCAACAGGGGGAAGAGGAUUUGGCUAAAGUGAUACGUCAUCUUACGUGGACUGCUGAUAAACACAUUAACAAUGAAGAUGAAACCAGUCUCUCAGAGGAGAAGAAAAAAGUAAAGCAGUUGGCUGAACAAUGUAUGAAAAAAGUGGAGAAUGUAUGGACUUUCCUUCAGCGUGUCAAUGAGGUCACUACAAGUACUCACAGUUUAGUGGAGAAGGCCGAGAAACAGGUGGCAACUGCCUCCGUUGCAGCAGCAGAUCUUCAGAAAAUCAUUAAUGAAACUUACCGAGCUUGUCCAGAAAUAAAAGCAGAUCUGGAACGUGAAAUUGAGGAGGCGAAUCAAAGAAUAACUGAAACCGAUACAGCAAAUGAAGGUAAGGAACCACCACACAAUAAUGAGGAGUUAGACGAUUCACUUCCAAAUAAACAGAACGAAAAGGAGACAAAAGACCAGAAUACCAAUUCCACAGAAGCUGAGACGGAAGCCAUGCAAAUGCCCAACAGCAGCAGAAUCAACAGGACUCUGAGAACGAAAAUGAAGAAAGCAAUGUUGAAACACAAGAGAAUAAUAAUAGUUCUUAGAGCAACAUUCCUACACCCAGUCAUUCAUCUGCUUCUGGAUCCUCGCCAUCACAAUCACAAAGUACGCCGACUAAUACUUCUUCAGCUUCAAACCAUUUGA